AAACCAUCGUGGCGUUACGAGACACUCGGAGCGAUCAUCGGUGAAGCGUUUUUGUGGGUCAUGGAGGAGGAAGGUAAAUAAAAGGCAAGCGCUAGAAACACUCAGCGGCUGGUUUGUAGAUGGUAACCGGGGAGGUGUGACUCUGAGAGCUGCUUUUAGGUUCUUCUCAAGCGGCUGUUUUUAGAAGAGACAACGGAGAGGAGCGACCGUCGGCUCGGGGACAACAGCAGCAGCUGUCGGCGGUAAGAUGAACAUCAUGCUCCCCGUCUAUUCACGCCGUGUGUCGGGCUUCAUACUACAGACAUGAUCUCUGCACUGGCCCUACUGUAGCUAGCAUGCUAAUAUCACCAGCUAACGAUAGCCCCAUUCGCUGUUACUGGGAGCUAAAAACAUGGUUUAUUUUUUAAAUAUUCUCUCAUAUUCUUGCAUUUCAUUGAGUGAGUAGAAGAGAAGAUAUCUUGCGAAACGUUGACCGAGCUAAUGCUGCUGUUUCUGCCUGAAGCCAGUUAGCUGUGAGCCAAACAAGAGAGCUAUCAGAUUCUCAUUUGACACAUGACAGGAGUUUAGCAACGAAAGGCUGCGUGUUUGUGUUGUAUUUAAGUGUUAUAGGGUUAAUAUUUUGUAUUUAUUUAAUGUGUUUAUGAUUAUGACAAUAGCCCAAAGAAAAGCGGAUUAUGUGGGGGGGAAAAAAUCAGAAACCCACUCUGCGCAGGUUAUGUAUCAGGUAAGAUUACGGUAUGUAAUGGUAAAGUGAGCAAAAGGACACAGUGCCCCCCACCUGUGAUAGUAUUUGUAUUAAUAUCUUUGUGUAAUCCUCUUACAUUAAACCCCAUCAUCGCACUAGAAGCUGCGUGGAGGACAAGUAUGAACAAAUUGUUAAAUCUGCAGUCCAGGUUAGGACCCAAGAAUGAGGAUGGGACGUCCACCUGUGGAUUGGACUCUCAUGGUUUAGUGUGGCAUGUUUACUCAAGUAGACAACAAAAUCAUUUUCUGUGUUUGCCAAUUCAUUAUGCAAACUUUAAUACUGCCUAACCCUGCUGCAGGGAGGUUAGACAAGUUGAGUAGGCCACAUGUGCUGCAGUUUGUCAUCUGUUCAUCCCUGAGCCUGCAUGGAUGUAGGUCAGUGAGCAGCAGGGUCUCUUCAUAAACCACUUAAAUUUAUAUUCGCUAUUUCCAUUUAGGGACUAAAUCAUCCACAGGGGGAUCGUUUUGUCGAUGUUUUAUUCAGAGAAUCAGCAGAGAGUUGCAAAAUUAGCAGAAAUUAACAAGACAGGAUUUUGGUAUUGAUGCCAAUUCCAUACUAAAUACUUGGAUUUUUCAAAUUGAGUAUACUAAGCAUAGUAUGUACUCAAUCACGCAGUGCGUGAGUUUCGAGGGUGCAGUGCUGUCCCAAAUCGCAUACUUACUGGAAAUGACAACACAAUUUGCCUCAUGUCUGAACAUUUAUUGUGCGUAACAGAAGAAUAACAAACUAUUUACAUAUAAAAAAAUUAAGAACAAGAAAACUAAAGAUACCCUAUUUACAUAUUAAACAUUUGGAACUCGGUAACUAAAGAUAAACUAUUAACAAAUUAAGCAUUUAAAACUAGAAAGAAACUAUUUACAAAAAACUACUUUUUAAAUAUAUUUUAUAUAAUAUAUAAAAUAUAAUAUAAUAUAAAAUAUAAAGGCAACUUAUCACUUACAUCUGUACAAAGCUCCCAGGUCGACUGUCGCCAACCCACUGGCACUUACAGCCGUCCUCAGCCAUUCUUACUGAUGAAAUGAGUGCGGGCAAGUGUCCACAGUCGCAUACUCAAAAUCUUGCCCGAUUUGAGUACGUCAUCCGGGUACUUUUGCAUACUCAAUUUUCGCAUACUAUCCAUACUUUUCUCUAUUUUGAGUUGAGUAUACUCAAAAUUUUAACUAUUUAGUAUGGAAGUAUGCGAUUUGGGACGCACAUUAGAUCUCAAUUUCAGCUUUGUCGAUGUGAAUGUACACAAGCUUUCUCAGUCUGCAGCAUUAUAUUAUGUAUCAGAUGGAGCAAAAGCGAGUGAUCAGCCACUUUCUUAUAGUGCCGGUGAUUGAAAAAAACAUGUUUUCAGAAUCAGCUAUGGACACAUUGAAUAGUGUCUGGGCUGAACACACAGGCCUGCAUGUUGCUAAUUAUAGUCUGUAAUUUUAGUGAUAACAGUAUGCCAGUAGAGCUUUAAAUGCUAUCUCUUUUUCCUUUUUUUUAAGGCUGUAGUGCAUUUAAAAGCUGGAAAUCUCUGAACUCAUUAGACUGUCAGACUGUCAAAUGAGCAGUCAAUGCCUCUGCCUGCUGGGCCAUCACAUCCACAUUAUUAACAGUUCAUCCUAAGCCAGGAACUGACGUGGAAAACAGCAGAUGGAGUUAGAUUUGGGUUACAUGACACGAGACUAUCUGUGCAGUUUUCAGACACCCUCAAGAUUUCACCUCGUUUGGCCUGUCAGCCGAAAAGAGGCCAGUGGUGUUAAAAAAAAACUACAUUCUGGAUGAUCCGUGCUAACACAUUUUAAUCUUAACUUUUUAGUGCUUUUGUAAAAUGCAAAUGUGGCUUGAUAGCUUGAGACUUGCAACUUGUGUAGUAGGAUUAAAAAAAAAAACAUGUUAUCCUCAAGAAAAUUGUUUUUUUUAUUCCAAGAAGAGUUCUUCUUUUUAUUAAAUUCACAUGAUAUGAGAAAGUGACCCAUCUUAACCAACUGGGGGUGUAAAUGUGUCACUGUACAGUUCAUGUUUUGGAUUUUCUCGAAUUUUUCACACACUAUAGUAACUCGACUGAAGCACUCAUUGAACACAGUUGUCCUACACCUACAAUGUUUUAAUGCAUCUGUUCAUUCUCUUCUCAGUUCUCAGGUGCUCUGAUUGGGUUUUGCCUCAUCCUUGUGUUGCCAUGGCAAUGCGGGAGUUAGUAGAGGCAGAAUGUGGUGGAGCCAAUCCCCUCAUGAAGCUGACCGGUCAUAUGACCAAGGAAGGGGGGGCAUGGCGGCACCGCUCGACACCUACAGUGAGUAAUCAGUUAACCUCAAUUAGAAGUUUAAAAGGUUGAAUGCACUCAAGAUGCCUCCUGCAAAGUACAAACAACACUUCAGUCUUUUGAGGAAACUGCAGUUAGCUUAUUUUUCCUCUUUUUCUUCAGAUUCCCCCUGCUGCUAUUGAAAUUGCCACUGAAGAAGAGGUCAGUGCUUCCGUUAGUAGCAGUGUGUCAUAAAAAUACUCACUUUACACUCGUAGAAUAAAAUGGUCUCUAUUCAUCAGUAAGAUCUUAUUUUUGCUUCAGCUGGUGAACGAGUUUCUUCAGGCGCCCCCUCGACCCCCACACACAUUUGACAUGGGUCAGCUGUUGGAGGAAAUGCAGCAGAUUGACCAGCAGAGCUACAGACAAGCUCCACAGAGAGGUACACAACUUUAUUACUCCCACUCUUUUGUUGUCAUUUAUUAAACUUAUCAUUUCAGGUCUUGUCAUUGUGUUUGUGUGACGAGCCAGCAGCACUUUCUUUAAGCGCCACAUUUCUCUAUGUCACAGCUCCAGAUGUGGCAGCGUUGGCUCUCUCGGGUGACUGGGCAGCUGAGUUUCUCUCAGGUCCUGACUCUACCUCAGCCCCAGGACUCACUGCUCUCGGGGAUGCAGCGGAUGCUGAUUGGACGAGAGAAUUUAUCGCUGAGGCUGCAGGUAAUUUGAGUUUGUUGUGAUUUACCUUUCUCUUUGUGUUUCACCCUUUAAACACAGGCCACACCAGGUGAGCGCCUAAAAUCUCCAGAAUCAUCUGCUGUCUGUCUUCAGUUUUUCUGACAUCAGAGCAGACUUUCAUUUUUCAUUUUUUUCAUUUUAUUGUUAUUUUUAAACAUGUGCGUGCAACACAAUAAAGUAAAUUUAAAAGAAACAAAACCAAUGAGACUAUUUAAAACAACAAUAACAAUAAUCAAUGCAAAAAAAAAAAAAAAAUUAAUAAUAAUAAUGCAAACCCAACGUGUCCGCAAAGGAGUAGGAUGAAGCAUUAUGCUUUUUGUAAACCUACCCCUUAUCCUCUACUCAAUAAACAGUCAGUCUCCAACAUAUUUACGUUAUAUUAACAAAAAUAGAACAUAAAUAGAGUAAAUCGGUACAUAAAUCAUUAAUAAGAACAGAAAUCAUUGACUGGGAGGAAGCCUUUUUUGUUUUACAUUGUAUGGAACUUCACGUUGCGUCUUUUCCUUCUCUUCUCUGCUUCAGAUCCUGGGCGCUGGGCAGAGGAAUAUCUGGAGCAGUCAGAGGAGAAGUUGUGGUUGGGAGAUCUGGGAGACAAGGAGAAUGAAUGGUGAGAACAGGGGGACCAGGUCAUGUUUGGCUCUAUGUAAUCCAUUUACAUCGUUCAGAUUCUGUUUUUAGUUUUCCCUUCUCUUCAAGCACAUCCUCAAAAUUCACAAAAUUUUAGGUAUAGCAAGUGGAAAAGAAAUCGCCCUAUUUUGAUUCUUAUUAAGGGCGCUGUGAAGAUAAAACAAAGUCUGCUUUGCUUGAAAAGAAUAUGCUGUUUGUGAGUGUUUUGGUGUCAUUGAUGCCAGUUGAAAGUUAAUGGAUAACUUUCUUCACCUCAUUAUGAGCUGAUUGAGAAGUGCCUCACUUAACCAAAACCAAUCAUUUAAGACUACAAGAGCAAAAUUGUAGGUAUUGUCAUCAGUGUCUCACACCGUCUGCAGCAACAUUGAAAAUACUAAGUCUUAGCUGCAGCUGUGUCUGUUGGAGGGUCUGUCUGACAUGAGUGCAUGGUUUUGGCUGAGGGAGCGUCUUGAGUCUAACCUCAAGUGAAACACUGACACAGCUUACUCGCUGUGAAGACAUUUCCAGUGGUGGAGCAAAAUGAAGGUUUUAUGAGUAGCUCUUGCAUGCUUUGAUUAAAAUUCCAAAAACAUUGUGCUUCUCUAAGGUGGUUUUAUCUUUAUUGAAAAUACUUAAAAUCAAUUAUAUCCUUGAAAUUACAAUAUGCAAAUGAAAAUAGCUCCUCAAAUUUGACUGCAAUAAAUGUAGAAAACGGCAAUAAGAGAGCACAGUGGCACAGGCAGAUGAAACAUAACAGCUUUUAUUGCAUAACGAAACCUUUAAUGUUCAUGCUGAGUUCAGGCUUUCUACAUUUUAAUAGAUUCCUUUUUAAGUCUUAAUAAGGUGUGAAAAGAAAAAGACAGAAAGGCAACUGAACAGAAAGUUUAAGCUAGUGCACAGAAGUUUAUACUUAAAGGACUCAGUAGUAAAGUACUAGAAAGCUCUGCCCUCCUUAUACAUGUCUUAAAGGUUUUUAUUGGAUCUAAAAUAGUUUGUGGUUGUUCACAGGACAAAGGAGUAUCAACCAGGAGAGGAGCUGAGGCAGACGGCCAAUGAGCUCGUCGCAAAGGUCGAUGAUCCAAAGUUACAAAACACAGAGGUGAGCAGCAGCUCCAUACGUGUCUGACACUAACUUAAAACAUGCUUCAUUUCUUUUUACAUUUCUGUCACCAUAUCUUUCUAUUCUCUUUUUCUUCAAAUUUUUUGUAAAGUAAAACUUUAGGAUCUCAGUACACUGGUAAUGUUGAUUUAUUGUGGGUUAUACUCUUGAGUUUUGAAGAAGGCUUUAUACAAGUAUAAACCUGGUAAAACCAAGAGAUAGUGGUGGUAUUGUUACAUGCUUUUAUGCUGUUAUUCUUUUUUUUUCGUUGUUGUGUAGUUCCUGCGAUUCAUUAGGCAGAUUGGAGAGGGCAGUGUGACAGUGGAGAGCAAAACAGACAAACAGCUGACAGAUAAAGCUCAGGCCCAGGAGGCUCAGAACUGGGCCUCCAACCUCAACCAGGUACGAGUCACUGCCCCCAGAGGAGGGGGUCAUGGUUCAAACUGGGGUUACAUUGUGAAAGCACACGGCUUCAUUUUGCACAGAGGAGAUGGUGCCUUGUGUGUCUCAUCAGCCCAGCAUCCGAUGAGGAAUAAUAUUUUCCAAAAGUAUAACCAAAAGAAACCACUGCACUCGCUGUAAUAUGAAGCUUGAGGCUUCACAGCAUUACAGAUGGAAUUUGUUCAGCAAAGAGGAGACUCAUGAGUCUCUGCUUCUCCUUUUAGGCUCUUAGCUUCAAAUGUGUACAGGCAAGCUCCAAUUGUUGCCAUCCGGACUCAGUUUUCCUUCAUCUUUUGAUUUUAAAGGGAUUUUAAGUGAUUGCUUUACUGUAUUCAGUCAAAACAUACAAGCAGCUGAGACCAGAUUGUAGACUUUGAUUGGCAUUUCCCCCAAAUUAACUCUUUGAAAGCCCGUUUCAACCGGGAAAAGAAAAAGCACCGAAGCUAUGAUGUGGAAAAACACUGAAAUCAAGAUUUUUAGUUAAUAUUUAUUCCUUUGCUGAUUUAUUCUGAGUUGCCUGUUUGUACUUAUUUUUUUUAUUGUUUUUAUUUUUACGUUUUGAGUUUUGCUGUUCAUGUUUUACAUGUUCUUACUUUGUUGAAUUUUGCCGAGUAGCAGCUAAUCAAUUCUAAUUAAAAAUUAAAAUUACUCAAAAAUCCUGAGAUAUUUAAUUUAAAAUAAUUAACAUUUUAAAACAGCAUUUUGAAACACAGUCUUCAGAGUUUCAGUCGUGAGUAAAGUAAAAUGUUGAUGUUUUAAGCUGAAAAAAUGCCUGAAAUCUGUUAGAUCCCUCUCCAAAAAAUCAUUAUUUUCAACCCGAUCCUUUACAUAAACCAAAACCUGGAGCUUGACUGGCUGUGAUGGGAGCACGAAUAUGAAAAUAAUAUAGAUUUCCAGCUGAAUUUGGUGUAAGCUCCACGUUAUUAGCAUUUUUUAGGUUUAGGCUUCUUGAAAACGUUGGUAAACUACUUGAAUGUCUCAGUUCUUUGACCUCUUAUUUCUUUAAAGUUUAAUAUUUUCACCUUUUUUCUUUUUUAAGUCCUUAUCUUGGCGUGAAUGGGCUUUCCUCAUGUGCAGUGAAUGUGUAGCUCUCAGUCCUCUUUGUGAUAGUUGUUGUAGUUCACUCGUGGCUUCACCCGUGUUCUUCUUGCCCUCUAACGAUGACAUAUAUACUUCCCAUUUUUUGACCCGCCUUCCAACUCUCGGCUUCCCAUUUCCUCAAUUAACUGCCAUCCAUCUACUCCUCUUACAACUUGAAUUACUCCGCCCACCCUUCCAAAAACUCCUCCCCGCCAACCACUCCCUCUGCCUCAAAACAUUGCCCCAUUCCCCACUUCCACCACCUCCUCCUCCUCCUCCCCGCCUCCUGCCAUAGUUCCUGACGGAGACGGGGGGAGGAAGUCUUCCCCUGGAACCCCCAGAGAGGGAUGAGAAGAUUGACAAAGUUAAAGCUAAACAAGCAGAGCAGUGGGCCAAGGUCGUCAGGCAGGUAGGACCUUUGUGGUCUCUGCUGGAAUAGGUGUUUUAUUUUUAGGUGAAGAACUGCUAAAUUUGAGUUUCCACGAAUGCUAACUCUGUCAUAUUCAUAAGUCGUAAAAUACAGUACACCCAGCAUUGAAUUAUUUGAUCUGGAGAUGGUAGUGAUUAAGGGAGAAAUGUAAGAAAAUGAGGGAGAGAAAAUAAGCUUCUUUAAGUGUUGUUUUUUCUCUCAUCUUUUCCUCCUUUCCGCUCACUUCCCUCUAUAUUUUUCCUUUUUUAACAUCAUCAUACUCAGCUUAAAGCACAACUUUUUUGUGGCCGUUGCAUGUUUACUCUUGUAAAUCACUGCCUCUGCUCUGUUCAGGUGUCUGAAGAGUCAGCUGAAGCCUGGGUAGAUGAGUUUGCCACAGCAGGACCAGAUUUCCAAGAAGCCAAAGCUGCAGUGGAGGUGAGAAAAAAAUUCAGCGAGCCAGAGCCAAAGCUCUUCAGGUGUAAAUAUACCAACGUGUUUUCAUCUGUCGGUCAAAGGCUCGUACAAAUCUGAAACGGAGGACGAAAUGUAAUGCAAGGAAACUGAGCUGAUGAUGUGUGUUUGUCUCUUUGUCAGAGCGAUGUGGAUUUCUGGGAGAAGCUGCAGCAGGAGUGGGAGGAGAUGGCCAAGAGAGAUGCAGAGAGCCACCCCUGGCUGUCUGACUUCGAUCAGCUACUCAGCAGUUCUUAUGACAAGGUAACAGUAAACCUGCUCGCUGUAGACAUCUGCAGAGGAAUUCAGUCUAUACAUGAUUUACGUUUUCAGCAUUUUCUUUAACAUACAACCACGUUAGAGAUCGUGUGUUGAGGCUUUAUAAUACACAGAAAUUUAUGCUCUGCCUUUGUGUUCUCCUCUUUUGUCGCAGGGUUAUCAGUUUGAAGAGGAGAACCCUUAUCUGUCCCACCCUGACCCUCUGUCAGAGGGGGUGAAGAGGAUGGAGGCAGGAGACAUCCCCGGUGCCGUCCGCUUCUUUGAAAGUGCUGUACAAAGAGAACCAGACAACCAACUGGUGAGCCGCCCUGAGACCCCAGUCUCAUUUGAUUUUUCAAAUUUGCUAAUAUUUAUUUCUACAGCAGGCUGAUGUAAUAAAGCUGUUAUGUUUGCUCUGUUAUGCUAAUUAAACUACAGGCUUGGCAGUAUCUGGGGACCUGUCAGGCUGAAAACGAGCAAGAAUUUGCUGCCAUCAGCGCCCUUCGCAGGUAGGAGAUCAGAAUAGCAAAAUGCUUUUGUAGACUUAAAGGGAUAUUCCGGUGUAAAAUUAAUUUAGGGUCAAACACACAACAUCUUAAAAAGAUGUUUGGUGGCUAGUACUAUGGCUGGGACUCUAUAUGUACUGUUGAUAAAGUUAGGUGCUGUUCUUCUGAUCAUUAUUUGUGGUUAUAUAGGGGCGUUUUGGUUGAGGUUUGUUUAUGGCUCCUCAGACCGCUGUGUUUUGCUAUCCUGCAGUCGUUACUAAAGUUGGUAUAACUAGAGAAGCAAGCGGUCCGCAACAUUCAUCUCUCGACGGGGUGUCUAACUCGGUGUUACUGUGUGUUUGACCCUAAAUUAAUUUCACAUUGGAAUAUCCCUUUAACUUCAGGGCUCGAAACAGUCGAAGACAAUGUUAGUGAUGCAAAUACUGCUUAUAGCUUUGGGUUUUUUCUUCUGGCUCUUUUGUUUAAAUGGCAAUAAAAAAGUUUUGUGCAUUUUCUAACAACAGACUUUACUUGCCUCUCUGUCUGUAGGUUUAGUUUAAGAUCUAAAGCCUGAAUGAAAUCAUAAAAUUUGAAAUCAGUUCAUAUUCUGGUUCCCAACAAUUGCUCUCUCAACUAAAAGCAUACCAUGUUUAAAUGACAAGAUAAUGUGAUGCCUGCUGACUUAUUCUCUCCCUUCCCUCGCCUGACAUCUCUCUGUAGAUGUAUAGAGCUGAAGAAUGACAACCUGACAGCUCUGAUGGCGUUGGCUGUCAGUUUCACCAACGAAUCACUUCACAGGCAGGCCUGUGAAACUCUGCGCGAUUGGCUGAAGCACAACCCAAAAUACCGCUCUGUGUGGGAGCAGAGCGAGAGCGAACGUCAAAAGGAUGGUGCCAGAGAGCGGGACAAGGAGAAAGAGAGGUUCGGAUCACUGCUGCCAGAGUGAGUUUAACGCACAUGUGGGAAUCAGAAAGAAAAAUAACACCAUGCACAGAUCUCCUGUUGUUUGUAGAUUUGAGUAAUUACAUUCAGCUCUGACACUCUCUCUUCUCCCCCUUGUUAUUUCCACACACAGAUCUUUGUUUACCGAUGUCCAGUCUCUGUUCCUGCAUGCAGCUAACUCCGACCCCUCGCAGGUUGAUCCUCAGCUGCAAUGCGGUCUUGGAGUUCUCUUCAACCUCAGUGGGGAGUAUGACAAGGCAGUGGACUGUUUCAGUGCUGCUCUGUCUGUCACACCACAGGUUAGUGUGACAGAGAGAGAGAGGAGCGACGAUGUGUCAUGUAAACAGUCGCUUGAGUGUGAGUCUGGUCUGCUGGGCUGUUACGAUGUCAGCUGUGUGAAAUAAUUAUGAGCUCAAAGAGGGAAAAAGUACAUAGCAUAGAGGAAGCUAAUUACAAAGGCUCUGCUGAUUUUAAAUAUUUCACACUUGUUAUGCUGUUGAAUCAUGCAACACUUUGCAGUAUGUGUAAAUAUCAUGUGUGGAGGGGUGGAAGUAGCAUAGUAAAGCAUCUCAAGCGUUGUCAUGCCAGAGAAUACAACCAGAUCAACCAAACAAAAACAGAAACAAAGCAGUCCGUGUUGUCAUUGGUGCUGCAAAGAUGUGAGAAACUUCCCGUGAUGGUUUGAGAGUGUGAAACGUAACAGAGAAGGUUCUUUGACUUGUUGUUGCUCGUUGAAAAUGAUGGAUUUCUCUGCCUGGUUCAACACUCGGAAUCCUCCGAUGUAGAUAUCUGGUGCUGAUGUUCACACGUUGUUACUCUGGGGUCUAAAAAUACACUGACUGAACACGUGGUGCAUGCCACACAGUGCAGGGCUGUAAACUUCCACAGAUCAUAAUGCAGCCUUAAAGGACAUGAAGUGCUUGUCAGUGAAUGACGUGCAUGUCAGUUUGUUUUCACCAUAUUGUGGCAUCAGUGUUGUUUAAUAUUGACAUUUCUUUUGCUUUAUCAUCCGAUGCAACAUUUUUAUAACAUGAUUUCUAUUUCCUGAAUAAUUCACUGCUGCAUUUAGAGGUUUAUAGUUGAAUUUCAACUCCUGUUAGUUUUAAAGAUUGACUUACCAAGCUUCAAGCACACCUUUUUACAUUUUAUUAAUUAAUAACUUCACAGUCAGUGUAAGUGCAAUUGUUAAUUAUAUUUUGUUAUUCAAAGUUAGAAAAGUGUGAUGUUGCCAAGAGCUCAGUUUAAGUUGUCUAUUUGUACACUACAUGCUCAGAUUAAUCUGAUCUUUCCCCUCCUUCAUCUUCAUCAGGACUACCUGCUGUGGAAUAAAUUGGGCGCCACACUCGCCAAUGGCAGCCGCUCAGAGGAAGCUGUGGCCGCCUACAGGAGAGCACUGGAACUGCAGCCUGGCUUUGUCCGCAGCCGCUACAACUUGGGAAUCAGUUGUGUGAAUUUAGGAGCACACAGGUGAGGAGGGAAUCCUACAGCUUGCAGGUGUAAUUGCUCAAAAUAACUUAUCCCUAAAAACUUAUGUGGAUUUUGGGCAGUUUUGCCUUUAGUAGAUAGAACAGCUGAAGAGAGUAUAGACUUGGGAAUGAUGUGGAGCAAAGGGUAACAACUGGGAGUAUAACCAGUGACUGUUGUGAAGAGGACUGUAGCCUCCGUAAACAGGGGGGCGCACUUGAAGUGUGGAGCCAAUCAGCAUCCCUCUAAGUUAGUCCUGAGCUUAGAGAGAUAUUUUUUGUUGUAGUUACAGCUUGACUAAAAUAGCUUACUGUGUAUUAUUGGCGGACUUUGUGAAUCAUUUCUGUCCAUACAAACCAACACCAAUGAAUUAAUGAAUCUAUAUAACUUAAUAAUGAAAUACAAUGUGGGCUGCUUAACCCAGAAUACACUGGAGUCACUCUAACAAUAGGUCUUUCAUCAGAUUGGUUAAAUUAACUUUAAGGACACCACAUACCAGUUAUCUUUAAUGUAUUUAAGUAUUAGAUGUCAACUGAACACCAGGUAAUUUUAUUGCUGUUUGAUAUUUCUGUUUUCUCACUGAUAUUUUUAGUUUUGCUCCUUUUGUAUCAGAAUUGAACAAACCCUGUGCUUUGCAGUUCCUUGUACAUCCACUAGAUGGCAACAGCAGUUUUGUUUAAUGUGUAUUUGACAGUGGAUUUUAGUACACUUUUAAAUAGGUUAGUUAUUUCACCUUAUGGCCAUACUAGUGGCUCUUGUUUUCGAUAACUGCACUUAAUUCAUGACAAUUUUCGCAUUAGAUAAAUAGUAGUUUUAAAAGUAGAUUUAACCUGUGUUUCUUUAUUUUGAUGUGUAUGAGACACUCACACAAGGAUUAGCCUUCGUUCACCCUUAUGUCUGUCCUUUAUUAUCAGAGAGGCAGUGGAACACUUCCUCGAGGCUCUCUCCUUACAGCGUCAGGCCGCCGAGGAUGGAGCAAGAGCUGUGAGGGGACCUGGAGGUGCGGCAGCCACCAUGAUGUCUGACAACAUCUGGUCCACUCUGCGCAUGGCUCUUAGCAUGAUGGGAGAGAGCUCUCUGUACACAGCUGCUGACCGCCGGGACUUGGACACAUUGCUGGCUCACUUCUGUCAGAGAGAGGUGGAAGGUGGGACUGAAUGAGGACCAACCAGGGGGGAGCUCAUCGAGUGUGAGUGUGUUUCGCUGGGAGGAAAAUGCUUGGGUGAGGAGGAAUCAGAUUUAUGCAAAGAAACGGAGGGAGGAAGACACUGUGAAUAAUCCACCAACCUUGAGAUGUCAUCUUGUGGUUAUUUUCCCUCAGAAGACUUCAAAUGUUGCAGUAUUAGUUUCUACCUGGAAAACGCAGCCAACAGUAAUACAGUCAUAUUACUGUGUUCUACAUGUCCGACCGUCCUUGCCUUUCCUACUACUCUGUUUAUUGUGAGAACCCAGUUUGAUGAAACAUGACUUUGAUUUUAAAUGUGUUCUCAAUGAAGACGGUAAAUGAAGACUGACUGAAUCAUUCUCUAUUCAGUGGAUGAUCAUGAUUACCAUGAUUUUUCAGUGCCCUCACAACCUCUGGUUGUAUGUUAAACUAUGUAUUCACUACAUUUGUGUAGAUAGAAGGUACAAUAUUGCUUUGACAUUGAGAGAGUACUGUUUUGUAUCAAAAGUGCCCCUUAGAGAAGGCCGGUCUACAGUACAAAUGCUAAUCAUAAGUGCUACAACGGCUUUUUGUCUUUCAUAAUGUUACUUAAUUUAAUUUUUUAGUAAUCACUUAUCGGCUGAGAUAAUGAGAUGACAAACAGUGGGACUGUUGCUGUUAUUAGUUGUAUUUGAACAGUCCAUGUGUAUGAAUGUGUCUUUUGGUCAGGUGGGUAAAAAUAAAUGGAUAAGACCGUAUAAUUGUAAUCUAGAUGAGAACGGUUUCUCUGGGCUCCUCCCUCUCCUGCUUUUUUCAUACCGCCCUUGUAAAACAAUUUGCUUCAUUGUAAGAUAAUGCAGUAUGCCAUAUUGUGUAUUGUAAUAUAAUUGUUGCACUAUUAUUGUUUUCAGGCUAGUUAAAUCCUGACUGCAAAGUUUAAUGUAAUAUUCAGCAAUAAAGCUUUGAUUCCAAACAUC